GCGGGAGUAGGGCACCGACAUGAACCUGCACCAGGUGCUCACCGGGGCCGUGAAUCCCGGAGAUCACUGCUUCUCCGUGGGCAGUGUCGGCGAUCAGAGUUUCACGGCUUAUGCAUCUGGAUGUGACAUUGUAAUCCUGGGAAGUGAUUUUGAAAGAUUACAGAUAAUCCCAGGAGCUAAGCAUGGAAAUAUUCAAGUAGGAUGUGUAGACUGUUCAAUGCAACAAGGCAAGAUUGCAGCAUCCUACGGAAACGUUAUCUCUGUUUUUGAACCAGUUAACCUACCAAAGAAAAAGAAGAAUUUGGAUUCAUAUAAUCAGUGGCAGAAAACUGGCCAAUUUUUUCUGGAGUCAGUUGCACACAAUAUAACUUGGGAUCCCACAGGUAGCCGUCUUUUAACUGGUUCUAGCUGUUUGCAGCUUUGGUCCACCGUGACUUUUAAGAAGCCAUAUCAAGAUGAAAAUCCAGAUCAGACAGAUCUUAACUUGGGGGACUGGAUAUGUAUCUGGCAUUGCAAAACUGCUUCCCAAGUACAUUUAAUGAAGUUUUCACCAGAUGGAGAAUUUUUUGCCACUGCUGGGAAGGAUGACUGCCUUUUAAAAGUAUGGUAUAAUGUUGAAAAUUGGCGGACAGGUGUUACCUCUCCAGAUGGAAGUUCAGAAAAUCAAUCCCACGGAGAAAUUGACUUUUCAUUUGUGUAUCUCGCCCACCCUCGAGCUGUAAAUGGAUUUUCCUGGCGUAAGACAAGCAAAUACAUGCCUCGGGCAUCUGUAUGUAAUGUAUUGUUGACUUGCUGUAAAGAUAAUGUAUGCCGUCUUUGGGUAGAGACAUUUUUGCCAAAUGAUUGCUUGCUGUAUGGAGGUGAUUGCAGCCAUUGGACUGAACCCAUUAAUUUAACAAAUAACUUCAAGAGGAAUACUUCUAGUAAAGAACGGGUUCAGAACGCUUUAGAAGUUAAUCUGAGACAUUUUCGUAGAGGCCGAAGGAAAUCACUUGCACUUGUAGCACAUACUGGAUACUUGCCACAUCAGCAAGAUCCACAUCAUGUCCACAGGAACACUCCAUUGCAUGCCAAUGCACUUUGCCACUUUCAUAUUGCUGCCAGCAUUAACCCAGCCACAGAUAUCCCCUUACUUCCUUCUAUUACAUCUCUAAGUCUCAAUGAAAAUGAAGAGAAGAGUGGACCUUUUGUGGUACACUGGCUAAAUAAUAAAGAGUUGCAUUUCACUUUAUCCAUGGAAGUCUUUUUACAGCAACUUAGAAAAAAUUUUGAACAACUAUCUUCUGAGGCCAGUGUAGAAGACUGUAAUCAAGCUGAUCUAAAAUCUGAUGAAGAAAUGGAUUAUGAGGUUGAUGAUCUGAAAAUAAAUCAGGAAAAAAAGGAAUUGGGAAGUGAUAAAAUAGUACCAAACUCGAGUUUUGUACCAUUACCGUCUGCUGCCAUUGAUCAUCAGAUUGAAGUACUUCUAUCUGAAUGGAGUAAAAAUGCAGAUAUGUUAUUCAGUAUUCAUCCCGUGGAUGGUUCUUUGCUGGUUUGGCAUGUGGAUUGGCUGGAUGAAUACCAGCCUGGUAUGUUUCGUCAAGUUCAGGUGUCCUUUGUUUCCAGAAUUCCUGUAGCGUUCCCUACUGGUGAUGCGAACUCUCUCUGUAAAAGCAUAGUGAUGUAUGCCUGUACUAAGAAUGUUGACUUGGCUAUUCAGCAAGGCAAACAAAAACCUUCUAGUCUCACACAUUCCACAUCAAUGCUUAUUUCUUCUGGUCACAGUAAAUCAACUAAUAGUUUAAAAUUAAGUAUUUUCACUCCAAAUGUUAUGAUGAUUUCAAAGCAUGCUGAUGGUUCUCUCAAUCAGUGGCUGGUCAGUUUUGCCGAGGAAUCUGCUUUUUCUACAGUUCUCAGUAUUUCUCACAAAUCCCGAUAUUGUGGCCAUCGCUUUCAUCUUAAUGAUUUAGCUUGCCACUCAGUAUUACCAUUAUUACUAACAACAUCACACCAUAAUGCAUUAAGGACACCAGAUGUUGAUAGUGGAAAACAACCUUAUGAUACUGUCAAUAUUAAAGAAUGUUCUUUGGGACAACAAAAUAAAAACACCUCUGAUGUGGAGUUUCAAGACCCUAAUGCAGUUUAUAGUGAACUUAUUCUUUGGAGGGUUGAUCCAGUUGGGCCAUUAUCUUUUUCUGGAGGUGUUUCUGAGCUUGCCCGGAUUAAUUCUCUUCACGUUUCUGCCUUUUCCAAUGUGGCAUGGCUGCCCACUCUUAUACCCAGUUACUGUUUAGGUGCAUACUGCAACUCCCCUAGUGCAUGCUUUGUAGCUAGUGAUGGACAAUACCUGAGACUAUAUGAAGCUGUUAUUGAUGCUAAGAAACUUUUAUAUGAGCUUUCAAACCCUGACAUUUCUAAGUAUGUUGGUGAAGUAUUUAACAUUGUGAGCCAACAAUCAACAGCCAGACCAGGAUGCAUCAUUUCAUUGGAUCCUAUUACCAAACUUUGUGGCAGGAAAACACAACUGCUUCAUGUUUUUCAAGAAGACUUCAUUUUUAAUAACCUUGAAAAGAAAAGUUUGGAAAAGGACAGCAUUUUGUCUGAUGCAGGCAGCUCAUCUAAUAGAUUUUCUGAAAAAUUUUACCUAAUUGUAAUAGAGGGUACUCAGGACAACCGCUCAUUGUUACACAUGUGGAAUUUACAUUUAAAAUCCAUUCCUGUCUCACUGGAUGAGAAAAUAGAUACAGAAUUACCAGAAGCAGUUUGGCAGCAAAAAGAACAUUUUUCUUCUCCAGAGAAGAUCAAAUCUCCUUUUUCUCAGAAGUAUCAAGCUUGCAGAGCAAAUCUCCAAAGUACCAGCAGGUUGACACUUUCUUCAGAAAUGGUUUAUAGCCAAGAAUUAAAUUUACCAGAAGGAGUUGAGAUAAUAAGUGUUAAGCCAUCAGCAGGACAUCUGAGUUCAUCUUCUAUAUAUCCUGUGUGUAGUGCUCCUUACUUAUUGGCAACUUCAUGUUCAGAUGAAAAAGUGAGGUUCUGGAGAUGCAGAGUUACAAGUGGAGAAGCUGCUAUACCAAAGAAUGGAAAAUUGGACCUUGUCUACAUUUGGGAAGAAUGGCCAUUACUUAUUGAAGAUGGACUUCAAAGCAAUAGUAGUAUAUCUGUUCCUGGUAGACCUAUAGAGGUCAGCUGUGCGCAUACAAAUCGUUUAGCAGUAGCUUAUAAACAGCCUGCAUAUACUAGUAGAUCUUCUCAGGACUUUAUGAUGCAUGUUAGUAUUUUUGAAUGUGAGUCUACAGGAGGAUCAUGUUGGAUUCUUGAGCAGACAAUUCAUUUGGAUGAAUUAAGCACAGUAUUAGAUUCUGGCAUAAGUAUUGAUAGCAAUUUAGUGGCCUAUAAUAAACAAGAGAUGUACUUAUCCAGUAAAGAAAGUAUCACGUCAAACACAAAGCACUUAGUUCACUUAGACUGGGUGUCUAGAGAAGAUGGUUCUCAUAUCCUGACUGUAGGAAUAGGAUCAAAACUUUUUAUGUAUGGACCUGUAGUAGGCAAAGUACAAGAACAGACAGGUAAAGAAAGCCUGGCUUUUCCACUUUGGGAAAAUGCUAAAGUUGCCCCUAUUUCUAAGUUUGUACUCCUUCGAAGUGUGGACUUGAUUUCCUCUGUGGAAGGCUUCCCACCUUUUCCUGUUUCUUUAUCUUGGGUUCGGGAUGGCAUCCUUGUGGUAGGAAUGGACUGUGAAAUGCAUGUAUAUUCCCAAUGGCAGCCAUCUUCUAAACAAGAACCUGUUAUUACAGAUUCAUACAAUGGAAGUACACCAUCUAUAGUAAGUUUAAUAAAACAGAGUAAUUCAUCAAGUUUUGGGCUACAACCUCCAAAAAAACCUCUGACUCGAUCUAUGACUAGUCUUGCACAAAAAAUUUGUGGAAAGAAAAGUGCAUUUGAUCCUUCAUUAGAUAUAGAAGAUUCUGGUCUCUUUGAAGCAGCUCAUGCGCUUUCCCCAACUUUACCUCAGUACCAUCCUUUGCAGCUUUUAGAACUCAUGGAUCUUGGCAAAGUUCGGAGAGCAAAGGCUAUCCUGUCACAUCUCGUAAAGUGUAUUGCUGGAGAAGUUGUGGCUCUGAACGAAGCUGAAUCCAAUCAUGAACGCCGCCUUCGAUCUCUAACCAUCAGUGCUUCUGGGAGCACUAGCAGAGACCCACAGGCAUUCAACAAGAAUGAAAGUACCGACUACACAGAAAUAGAUUCUGUUCCUCCACUUCCUUUAUAUUCUUUGCUUGCAGCAGAUGAUGAUAGUUGUUCAGCUUUGGAAAAAUCUAGUAACCAGAGUACAUUAAAUAAAGCAAGCCAAUUAUCAAAUGAAAAUUACGAUGAACUUUUUCAGAGCUCAGUCCUAACUUCUGAUAGUCAGGUGUUUGAAACAGAUGAAGAUAAUGUGAAGCCCAGAGUUAUUGACCUUUCACAGUAUAGUCCAACUUACUUUGGUCCUGAACAUGCGCAGGUUCUUUCUGGCCACUUACUUCAUUCUAGUUUACCAGGACUUAGCCGGAUGGAGCAGAUGUCUUUAAUGGCUUUAGCUGAUACAAUUGCAACUACAAGCACUGAUAUUGGAGAAAGCAGAGACAAAAGCCAAGGUGGAGAAACUCUUGAUGAAUGUGGAUUAAAAUUUCUUUUGGCUGUUCGACUCCAUACUUUCCUUACAACUUCUCUUCCAGCCUAUCGAGCUCAACUCCUCCACCAAGGCUUGUCUACUAGUCAUUUUGCAUGGGCAUUUCACUCAGUAGCAGAAGAAGAACUGCUGAACAUGUUGCCACCAAUGCAAAAAGAUGAUCCCACUUGGUCUGAGCUAAGAGCUAUGGGUGUAGGGUGGUGGGUCCGGAAUACCCGCAACUUACGCAGAUGUAUAGAAAGGGUAGCCAAAGCUGCAUUUUAUAGAAAAAAUGAUCCUUUAGAUGCUGCCAUUUUUUACCUUGCCAUGAAAAAGAAAGCUGUGAUUUGGGGAUUAUAUAGAUCUCAAAAGGAUGCCAAGAUGACACAGUUUUUUGGGCACAAUUUUGAUGAAGAUAGGUGGCGUAAAGCCGCUUUAAAAAAUGCUUUUUCUUUGCUGGGCAAACAGCGAUUUGAACAUGCUGCAGCAUUUUUUCUUUUAGCUGGUUGCCUCAGGGAUGCAGUUGAGGUAUGUCUUGAGAAACUGAAUGAUAUUCAGUUGGCUCUUGUAAUAGCAAGACUAUAUGAGUCUGAGUUUGAUACAUCUUCAACAUAUAAAUCUAUAUUACGUAAAAAAGUUUUGGGAAUUGACUCUCUUGUCAGUGAAAACAGCAUAAAUACGCAUUAUGAUCCUUUUCUUCGGAGUAUGGCAUAUUGGAUUUUGGAAGAUUAUGGCGGUGCUCUGGAAACAUUAAUAAUGCCAUCUAUCCAAGAUCAUGGUCAAGAAGCCAUGUCGUCAGCCUGUAAUCCUGCGGUUUUUAAUUUCUACAAUUUUCUAAGAACACAUCCCCUUUUGCUGAGACGUCAUUUUGGAUCUUCUGAUGUAUUUUCCACACACAUGAAUUUAACAGGGAAAGGUGGACUGGCAGGAACAAUUAAUUUAAGUGAAAGAAGAUUAUUUUUUACCACUGCUAGUGCUCAUUUAAAAGCUGGCUGUCCCAUGUUGGCUUUGGAAGUAUUAUCAAAGAUGCCUAAAGUCAUAAAAAAGACAAAACUUUUUGGUAGGACAUCUAGUUUUCUGGAAACUAGUAAAGACUUUUCUCCUUCUUCUCCAUUAAAAUUGGAUACAAGAGAAGACAAGUCUGCUAUUGAUUGGUCACAGUCUCUGAUGAAUGGCUUUGAGUCUUCUUCAGAGGGCUCCUCAGAAAAACAAUCAAAUUCUACUCUUUCUUUUGACUGGAGCCAACCAAGUGUUGUAUUUCAGGAAGACUCUUUAGAAUUAAAAUGGGACAGUGAUAAUGAUGAAGAAAAUGAGGAUCUUCCUUUAUCAAUGAAGGAACUAAAACCUUUACAGAAGAAAAUAGGUAAAAAAUUAGAUGAAACUAGUUCUAAUUACACAGAAUCUUUCAGCACACUAGAUGAAAACGACAUCCUAACUCCUUCAGAAGACACAAUUGCCGUGCAGUUGAAAUUUAGAGCAUGUUUAAAGAUUCUCACAGUAGAACUUCGUACUUUGUCGACUGGCUAUGAAAUAGAUGGUGGAAAAUUGCGUUACCAACUCUAUCACUGGCUUGAAAAGGAAGUUAUAGCUCUUCAGAGGGCUUGUGAUUAUUGUUCAGAUGUUGAAGAAUUACAGUCUGCAGUUGUUGAACAUGGAGAUGAAUUUGUAUUGAAUGAAGAUGCAGAAGAUUUGCUUUGCCAAAAUAAACUGAGAGAAAAUUUUAAGGAAAAAAGGUGGUGGCUCCUAAAGUACCAGUCACUCUUGAGGAUGUUUCUUAGUUACUGUAUACUUCAUGGGUCCCAUGGUGGGGGUCUUGCAUCUGUGAGGAUGGAAUUGAUUUUACUUUUGCAAGAAUCUCAGCAGGAAACAUCAGAAGCAAUUUAUCCUAGCCCUCUCUCAGAACAAACCUCAGUACCUCUCCUCUUUGCUUGUACAGCCAGUGCCAAGACAGUAGUUGCCAAUCCAUUAUUGCACCUCAGUAAUCUAACACAUGAUAUUCUACAUGCCAUAGUAAGCUUGGAUUCACCACCUCAUCCUGAUAUCCAAAAUAAUAAUGUAUAUGUGAUGCAUACUUUAGCAGCUUCACUUUCUGCUUGUAUUUAUCAGUGCCUUUGUGGUAGUCAUAACUACAGUUCAUUACAAGCAAAUCACUUUACUGGAAUGGUGUACCAGACAGUGCUUCUUCCUCACCGACAUUCUUUAAAAGCAGGGAGCUUGGAUGAAGCAAUAACUCCCAAUACAUCACCAGCUCAAUGGCCAGGAAUAACAUCUCUAAUUCGACUUUUGAAUUCUUCUGGUGAGGAAGCCCAUCCUUCGCUUACAAUCUUGCUCUGUGAGAUUCUUACAGCAGUUUAUCUUAGUCUCUUCAUCCAUGGCCUGGCUACACAUUCUAGUAAUGAACUAUUUCGGAUCAUGGCCCAUCCUCUAAAUGAAAAAAUGUGGUCUGCAGUAUUUGGUGGAGGUGCACAUGUUCCCAGCAAGGAACAGACACAAUUGAAAACUUUAACCGUCUCUUCAUUAGUGGAAGAAGGAGAAAAACAGAACAAACCUUUUAGGCCAUCAAAAAUGUCUUGCAGAGAAACUGCCCCAUUGACAUCCUCAGCACCAGAAAGCCAGGGGUCACUGACAGUCAAAGAGAAGUUCAUCCCACCUGAGCUCAGCAUCUGGGACUAUUUCAUUGCUAAGCCUUUUCUACCUUCAUCGCAAAGUAGACCAGAAUAUGAUUCAGAGGAGAGUUUGGAAAGUGAUGAUGAUGAUGGUGAUGAUAAUGAUGAUAUUUUAACUUCUGAUUUCCAUCUCCAAGAGCAUUCCAAUGCAAAUUCAUAUAGUUGGUCAUUGAUGAGAUUGGCAAUGGUGCAGCUGGUGCUCAACAAUUUGAAAACUUUCUAUCCCUUUGCAGGACAUGAUCUUGCAGAGCUACCAGUUAGUUCACCACUUUGUCAUGCAGUUUUAAAAACCCUCCAAUGUUGGGAGCAAGUUCUUCUCCGACGACUUGAAAUCCAUGCUGGGCCACCUCAAAACUAUAUAGCAGUUCAUACUUCUGAAGAGAGUUUAUCAUCAGGCCCUGCGAUUCUUCGCCAUAAAGCUUUGUUGGAACCUACAAACACUCCUUUCAAAUCUAAACAUCAUUUGGCCCUUUCUGUGAAGAGGCUUUGGCAGUACUUGGUAAAGCAAGAAGAAAUUCAAGACACCUUUAUCAGAAAUAUAUUCACAAAGAAAAGAUGUCUGAAUGAGAUAGAAGCAGAUUUGGGAUACCCUGGAGGUAAAGCAAGAAUUAUUCAUAAGGAAUCUGAUAUCAUUACUGCCUUUGCUGUAAAUAAAGCAAAUAGAAACUGCAUUGCAAUUGCUUCCAGCCAUGACAUCCAAGAAUUAGAUGUUUCUGGAAUUCUGUCUACACAGAUCUAUACAUGGGUGGAUGAUGAUAUAGAGAUGGAAACCAAAGGCUCAGAAGAUUUCUUGGUUAUACAUGCUCGUGAUGAUUUAACAGCUAUUCAAGGUACGACACCAUAUACACAUAGCAAUCCUGGCACUCCAAUCAACAUGCCAUGGCUUGGUAGUACACAGACUGGCAGAGGAGCAUCUGUGAUGAUUAAGAAAGCCAUUAAUAAUGUCAGAAGAAUGACUUCUCAUCCAACUCUUCCUUAUUAUCUGACAGGAGCUCAAGAUGGAAGUGUCAGAAUGUUUGAAUGGGGCCAUUCUCAACAGAUAACGUGUUUUCGAUCUGGAGGCAAUUCAAGAGUUACCAGAAUGAGAUUUAACUAUCAAGGAAAUAAGUUUGGAAUAGUCGAUGCUGAUGGAUAUUUAAGUUUGUAUCAAACAAACUGGAAAUGUUGCCCAGUUACUGGCAGUAUACCUAAACCAUAUCUGACUUGGCAGUGUCAUAACAAAACAGCCAACGAUUUUGUCUUCGUCAGUUCCUCCUCUCUAAUAGCUACUGCUGGUCUGUCAACAGACAAUAGAAACGUAUGUUUGUGGGAUACGCUUGUUGCUCCUGCCAACAGUUUAGUACAUGCUUUCUCAUGCCAUGAUAGUGGAGCCACUGUUUUGGCAUAUGCUCCAAAACAUCAGCUACUCAUAUCAGGUGGCAGAAAAGGCUUUACAUGUGUGUUUGACCUUCACCAAAGACAACAGAAGCAGCUUUUCCAAAGCCAUGACUCGCCAGUGAAAGCCGUUGCUAUUGACCCAACUGAGGAGUAUUUUGUUACAGGAUCUGCUGAAGGCAAUAUAAAGAUAUGGAGUCUCUCUACAUUUACUCUUCUCCAUACUUUUAUCAACGAACAUUCUCGGCAGUCUAUUUUCAGGAAUAUUGGAACCGGAGUGAUGCAGAUUGAAACAGGACCAGCAAAUCAUAUUUUCUCUUGUGGAGCUGAUGGAACAAUGAAAAUGAGAAUACUGCCUGAUCAGUUUAGCCCAUUAAAUGAAGUGCUGAAAAAUGAUGUAAAACUUAUGCUGUAA